AUGGAGACUGGGAACCACACAACGGUGACUGAGUUCAUUAUUUUGGGGUUAACGGAGGAUGCUACACUUUCUUCUGUCUUCUUUGUGGUUUUUCUAGGAAUCUAUGCUACUACUGUGCUGGGAAAUACAAGCAUAAUAAUGUUAAUCCAAAGAAGCCCUCAGCUUCACACCCCAAUGUACCUCUUUCUCAGCCAUUUGGCCUUUGUGGACAUAGGGUAUUCCACAUCAGUCACACCUGUCAUGAUUGUGAGCUUUCUAAGAGAGACAACUACUAUCCCUGUUGCUGGUUGCAUAAUCCAACUUGGCUCUGAUGUUGUCUUUGGAACAGCUGAGUGCUUCCUCCUAGCCGCCAUGGCUUAUGAUCGUUAUGUGGCCAUUUGUUCUCCCCUACUCUACUCCAACCACAUGUCCCCCAGGGUCUGCAUCAUCUUACUUCUUAUUUCCUACUUGGGUGGGUGCCUGAAUGCUUCAUCGUUUACCAGCUGUUUAUUGAGCCUCACUUUCUGUGGACCAAAUAAAAUCAACCAUUUCUUCUGUGACCUGCCACCACUCAUUAAGCUUUCUUGUACCCAUAUUUACAUUGCUGAAAUAUCUCCUGCCAUCUCGGCAGGGUCAAUCAUUAUUAUCACACUGUUCACCAUCAUUGUUUCAUACGUCUACAUCCUCCACUCCAUUCUGAAGAUGCGCUCUACUGAGGGAAGGCACAAGGCCUUCUCCACCUGCACUUCCCACCUCACUGCAGUCACUUUGUUUUAUGGGACAGUUACUUUUGUUUAUGUCAUACCAAAGUCAAGCCACUCACCAAACCAUAUUAAAGUGGUGUCUGUGUUCUACACUGUCAUAAUCCCUAUGUUGAACCCCCUGAUUUAUAGUCUGAGGAACAAGGAGGUAAAGGAGGCCAUGAGUAAAUUGAUGGUGAGAACACAUUCCUCAUUUUGA